ACCCCAUUUCCACCCAGUUUUUUGCACAGCACAAAACAGACAAAAGGGAAAUAAAUUAGGGCGGCCUGUGACAGUGCUGCUGGGAAAGCGGUCGGUGCCUUCCCCCCGUCCUGUGCCUUUUGGAGAAUAUUUCAGAGCCAAACCCUCUCCCUCGGGCUGUGCCCUACGCUCAGCAUGGGGCUCCCUCAGCCCGGCCGCUCCCAGCAGGAGGAGCGAUGGCAAAGGCACCGACUUUUGGAAAUGGUUCUGCAGUUGGAAGCUCUCCCUUCCCCCCUCUCUUCUACCACCCCACCUGCUCCGGGGCCAUAUGUCCAAUGCUGGAUGUGCUCCAGUCCCAAACAAGGGCACUUGGUGUGGCCGGUGCUGUCGCUUUGGCACUGGGGAGAUGCAGGGGGCACUGCUGGUUGGUGUUGAGGCUGCUGGGAUGGGUCAGGGAGAAAAGGAACGGGGGGAAAUGCAGCGGCCAAAUGGGAUCCCACAAAGCACUGAUGCAAGUCCUGAGCACGUGCUGGAAGUGGAGCUCAGCCCCACCACCCCAGCUGCCUCAUCACAGAGGAACAAGGUAAUGGGGCUCAUCCUUCCGGCAGCAUUUUGGGUGGCCCUGGCUGAGAUCUGAUGUUCUGAGGCAUUGUUUCUCCAUUCUGGCUGGUGAAGGGGGCUGACGGCAGUUGGUUGUCUGCUGGGAGGAGAUGUAUGGCAAAGAGAAUUCAAAACGUGUGGGGUAGCAGAGGGGUAUUUGGUCCUCUUUGCCCUUGAGAAAUGGAGUUACUGAGGGCUGGGCUGGAGUCUGGAAAGAAGCAAAGGGGUAGAAAAGGGGAGAGAAAUGCCUGCAGGCAUUGCCAGCACUGCGCAACAGCGGUGCUGUUCCCUGGCAUGGAGAGGGUCAGCCUGGACACAUUCCAUGUUUAAUGAGCAAUUACCAGCCCUGGGCUGUCACCUUCUGCUGCUGUUUGGGUGCCCCGUGGGUGCAGCAUGCAGCUCUCUGUGCUCUUCCUCUCUUGUAUGGGAGCAUUGGUAGCCUUGUUCUGUGAAAGCACAGAAAAAGUGAAGGUGUGGGUGAUGGGUUGGGCUGCAUGGGCACGGCUGGGGGGUCCCAAGCAGUUCCACUGGGCAACCCCCAUCCCUGCUGCACUGCCCCAUUGCCUGUGGGGUGCAUUGAGCCUGCUGUGCCGUGUGCUGUGUGCGGUUAGCAGCACUCAUCCUUCCCAUAAAGUGGUCCCGGAGAUGAGGAACAACAGCUCAAGGAGAGGAAAGAAUGGGACCAAAGGCUGGAAGGAGGCUGGCGAGGUGCUGGGUGCGCAGCUGGACGAUGGGGACACGUGGGGACGUGAGGCUGAAGAAAAGGAGGAGCAAAGCCAAAUGCAGAACUGGGGCAAAGCCUGCAGGGAUGGAGCGUGUGUGCAAGGGUGUGCACGUGUGUGUGUGUGCGUGUCUGUGGAGGUGUGAGCUGGGGGCUGCGCAGGGACAGGACCUCCCGCAGCCCCUCUCCACCUGUCCCCAUGGAGCCCGGGGCAGGGAAGGGCUCGGCCAGUCCCUGCCCUCCGGUUGGGGAAUGCCAGAGCCCGGCUUAUCUUUUGUCUGGAACAAUAGAGGGCUCGGCCCCAUUGUUCUACCUUGCACGCCCAGCCGGAAAGCGAGUCCCCUGGGGCAGGGGCUGCACGGAGCCGCCUGUGAGGCUGCUCUGCGUGGGGCUUUGCUGGCAGAGAGGACACGAACCCGGACAUGGACAUCCCCAGCCUCUGGGGCUCUGCAGGAUGUCCAUGAGGAGCCCCGUUUCUCCCCACCUGGAGCUCGAUGGGGCGGGCAGCAUGGUGAACUGCAGCAUCAAGACGGAGGAGAAGAAGGAGAGUGGCUACGAGAGCCCACCAGGGGCUGCCCCCAGCACUGAGCCCCAUCCCAACGACCCCCCGGGACCACCACCAAGAGAGGGCGCAGACCCCCAGGCAUUGCCACAGGAGUCCUGCUCACCCGCUGGUGAUGCGUUGGAGCCGCGGUGCUCAGCCUUCGAGCCGGCUGUCGGCAGCCAGGAGAAGCUGGACUUCAACAGAAACUUAAAAGAGGUGAUGCCAACCAUUGAGAAAUUACUCUCCAGCGACUGGAAGGAAAGGCUGCUGGGCCGAAAUGCUGCUGAGACCAAAGAAGUGAAGGGUGAGGUCCCUUCUGUGCCACCUCGGUGCUCUGUGCCCCCCUCAGGAACCCAGGAGAGCCUGGCAGAGAAAGAGCUCCAGCUGCUCGUCAUGAUCAACCAGCUGUCCACGCUGCGGGAUCAGCUCCUGACAGCCCACUCCGAGCAGAAGAACAUGGCUGCAAUGCUCUUUGAGAAGCAGCAGCAGCAGAUGGAGCUGGCGCGGCAGCAGCAGGAGCAGAUUGCGAAGCAGCAGCAGCAGCUCAUCCAGCAGCAGCACAAAAUCAACCUGCUGCAGCAACAGAUCCAGCAGGUCAACAUGCCCUACGUCAUGAUCCCUGCCUUCACCCCCAGCCAUCAGCCCCUUCCUGUGACCCAGGACCCCCAGAUAGCGCUGCCCAUCCAGCCCAUCCCCUGCAAGCCAGUGGAUUACCCCGUGCAGCUGCUGCACAGCCCUCCUCCUCCCACGUUAAAGAGACCCAGCGGCUCUGGCCACCUCCAGAUGCAGGAGACCUCGCAGCCGCUGAACUUGACAGCGAAACCCAAAGGCUCCGAGCUCCCCAGUGCCUCCAGCUCACCCAGUUUGAAGAUGAGCAGCUGCCAGUCCCUCACACCGAGCCAUGGGGCUGUGCGAGACCUGCAGAGCAGCCCGUCCAACCUGCCCUUGGGAUUCUUGGGCGAGGGCGAUGCCAUCACCAAAGCCAUCCAGGAUGCACGGCAGCUGCUGCACGGCCACAGCGGUGCCAUGGAGGGAGCGCUGAGCCACCCUUACCGCAAGGACCACGUUGGCAUCGAUGCUUCCCCUGUGAAGGAGCGGAUGGAGGAGACACCCACACACCGCCUGGAUGAGACUCUGCUGAGCUGUGAGAUGGACGGAACGCGGCAUUUCCCCGAGUCCAGGAACAACAACCACAUCAAACGGCCCAUGAACGCCUUCAUGGUGUGGGCGAAGGAUGAGAGGAGGAAGAUUUUGCAGGCGUUCCCAGAUAUGCACAACUCCAGCAUCAGCAAGAUCCUGGGCUCCCGCUGGAAGUCGAUGACAAACCAGGAGAAGCAGCCUUACUACGAGGAACAAGCCCGGCUGAGCCGACAGCACUUGGAGAAAUAUCCCGACUAUAAGUACAAACCCCGACCCAAACGCACGUGCAUCGUGGAGGGGAAACGGCUGCGCGUGGGGGAGUACAAAGCGCUGAUGAGGAACCGGCGGCAGGAUGCCCGGCAGGGCUAUUUGAUAGGUCCCCAAGGCAGCCAGCUGCCCCCCGGCUCCUCGGAUGUGCUGUACCCUCGGCCGGUGGGCAUGCAGCUGCCGUCCCCGCUGAUGGAGCAUUACCUGCCCCGUGGCGUGGAUCCCAGCAUGCCCGUCAUCGUCAGCGCCCGUAGCCUGAAGGAAGGUGACGGCGGAGGGGACGAUGGGCACUCGGUGGCGGAUGGUGAGAUGUAUCGCUACAGCGAGGAGGAGGACUCGGAGGGAGAGGAGAAGAGCGAUGGAGAGCUGGUGGUGCUGACAGACUGAAGGGCAGCGGGGCGGGGGGCAGCGGGGCUGGCUGGCACCAGGCGCUGGUGACCCCCGAUGCGGCGCAGGCAAAGAGCCAGCAGCUGCAGGGAUGAGAUGAGAUGAGAUGAGUGGGUGAUGGUGGGGGGUUUGGGUACGUGGCGGUGCCGUUGCUGCUGUAGGGAAUGGGGCUCUGCAGCUUGGCUGAGAGCUGAUGGCUCAGGAACCCUGCAGCCCCCAGUAAGGACCUGGGGGGAAUGGGACAUGGGAAUCUUCCAGCUCUCUAUUCCCUACCUAUGCCACCUGCCGACGCCUGGCCACGGGGGCAUCCAUAAGCUCUGCUCAGCCCAGCCCUCCCCACUCCACUGCAGUUCCCCCUUGCAGCCUGCCAGUGAAUUCCCAUGGAGCCUUUUUUUAGCUCUUGCCUGACCCCAGUGCGAGCCGAGGGCACUGAGGGGCCCUUUAUGCUCCCGAUGCUCUGUUCCACUUUGUAAAUAAAGCGGUUGCUGUUCCCUGGCUGUGCCCAGCCCUCGGGCAGCCCUGGUGCACAGCACUGCUGUGGGUCCACGCAUCCCCAGGUGCCUCCUUUGCACCGCAGCUCCGCGAGCGCAAGGCUUCACCUCUGUGCAUCAUGGAAACAGCAGAAGUGUGUGUGGGGGGGGAGGCGGAGUGGGGGGAGAGGAAAAAAUAGCGAUUUAAAGGUAAUAUCUGGCUCUGCUCAGCACCCGUGCACCCAGCACAGGGUUUGCAUGCAGGUGCAGCACCGGCUGUGCGUGCAGCGCUGGGAGCAGCACGGAGCACACGCACCGCCGUGUGGCAGCAGCCAGGCACAGCCGUGCUGCGUGCAUCACACCUCUGCUAGGGGCUGCUGCUCCCUCUCACUCCAGGCCCACAGCAGCCGGUGGAGAUCCUUUCUCUUUGCCCACCCCCUUCUCUCUUCCCUUUUUCUCAGUGCUUUAUUUAUUCCCCCCAAGGCACAGCUCAGGCUGGGGGCUGGAUGCGGCCGCGCACCGAAGGAGCAGCUCUUCCUCUCUCUCUCUCUCUUUUUUUUUUCUUUUUUUUUUUUUUUUUAAGACUGUAAAUAUAGAUAGAGCUUUAUUUUGUUAAUAAGACGAGUAACUUAACCUGUAUAUUUCACAUACUUGUUUACAAACUGCCCUCCCCACCCCUUGGCACAAUAAAGAUGAUGUUUUGGAACUGA